AUGAGCUUUCUUCGUUUGAUUCCUCUUUUGUGCCUCGCCUGGGGCGAACAUUGCUCGGAGAGUUGCGACAAAGCAUCGUUACUGCAGACGAAGGCACUGACUGGGGAGGAGGCUCUUUUGUCAAACUCUCUUCGGUGGCGUCGGCGCCGCCACAAGGACAAGCUUCCGUUCGUCGAUCUCUGGAUCAAUGUCGCAGUCGAUGACUCCAAUAGAGACGAUGUGCUGACAAAGCUGCGCGAGCAAGAGACAGAGUUCUUCCUAAACUUCCUUGGAGGAAUCACAUUCUUUGGCAUACCUUACAAGGCGAAAUUGCAGAUCUGGAAGGCGACAUCUACGCAGGUUCAGUUCCACGUCGGGUUUAUUCCGGACCUCCGGCUGAAGUUUGGCGUGGUGGACCCGGCAGCAACGCUAAGUUCAACAGUUUGCGAGUUGGACCGUCUUUUGCGGGGCCCUACUGACAACCUUGUGCGCAUCCGCUACGAUGGAGCUGUGGUCGGUGGCUUCUUCUUCGAGGGCAGGCUCUUGGUGCAAGCCUCAAACGUGUCCUGGGGCAAGCCGGUCUUGUCGUAUGUCAAGCAGGACUCAAAAGCAUAUGGAUAUGGAUACCAUGGAUAUUCUGGACAUGGAGAAGCGAGCGCUGCCUUCCUGCCUGCCAACGUCAGCGACAUUAAUGGCAACCCUUUCGUCUGGGAAUUGAGAAAGACCUGGUUGACCAACUUUCAGGGGGAAACUGGAAAAGUCUUCUUUGCUAUCCAAAACAAUCAAACUGGAUGGAUCAACCUCAUCGCUAACAGUUCGGACCCGGACACACUUGGUCGAAGUUUUGUCGAGGGCGCGACCGAGGAGAUGGCCUUUGUCAGUGAGCUACUCUUCAGAGGGUUUACCCCUCGCGACAAUGUGACGGUCGUGAACGCCCUCGUCGCAGAGUUCCAACAAGACCAGCGUUGGUUUUACAAGGAGGAGCAAUGGGGCUACGAGCAACGCAUCCUGGAUUGGCUUUCCCAGCAACCAGCAACAGCAGGAUUCAACUACACCGUCACCACCGACAUAAGUUUGGUGUGGACAAUCGCAUCGCCACCUUAG